AUGGUGGCUCCUGCGGGGCUUCACAAGGCAGGCACCGCGCGCGCCCGCCAGCACCAUUCCAGCCUCGACCGUCGGCACACUCCGGCCAUCCGCCCGGGCGGCGGUGGCGGCGGCUGCAGCGGGGGAGGGACAAGGACGACCGGGCGGGCGGCGGCACCGGACGGGGCUGGACCGGACGGGGGCUGCCUCCAGAGCACGGGGCACUCAGCCUCGCUGGCUCCGCAAGGGCCGGAGGGACACGCAGCCCGCGCGCGCCUCACCGGCCACCACAGCUCGCAGCCCGACACCUCUGGCUCUCGCCGCCUCUCGGAGCCCGCCCCGUCUCCGCUGCUUCUCUCUCCUCCACGCCCUCCCUACGUCUGUCUGUCGCGCUCUCUCCCGGAGUGUGAACAGCUGCUGCUGCUGUUAGCGCUGCUGAGGCUGCUGUUAGCGCUGCUGAAGCUGCUGCUGCUGCUGCUGCUGCUAGUGCUAGUGCUGCUGCUGCUGCUGUUGCUAAUGCUGCUGCUGCUAGUACUGCUGCUGUUGCCGAGACGGGCUGGUUCUGCCCACUUCCGGGUUCAGACUGGGACGACGCAGACGGCUAAUGACGGGCCAGUGAUGCAAGCCUUGAAGUGGCUGGAGAGAGCCCUCCCUCCGCGCCGCCUCUUCCUCCUCUCUGUUGCUCCCGGGCUGCUGGCGACUGGGGAGGGCUGCGGGGUACCCAGGUCGGGCGAGGGGGGAGGGUUCAAAGCAGCCUUCUUAGGGUCUGAUGCAAUUGCUUCCCUCACCCCCCCUCACCCAACCUCCCCGUGCGACGUAAUCAUUUGGGGGAGGAGACCCACGUCUGGAGGAGGGUGCAUUUGCUUGCAACUAGCAGGAUCGAGUGAGUCCAAAGAUCAUAGAACCGUAGGAUUCCAGCUGGAAGGGACCUCUUAGAUCGUUGAACUCAACCCCUUCCUUUUACAAGGGGAGAAAAGUCCAGGGAAGUGUAUGGCCUCAGAGGAGAUGGGUCGCAUCCCUGUGCAGGAAAUGGGUAGCUCAGAAAAUACACUUGUGCAGCAACUGUGAUUUCAUUGGUGCCUCCUCUCCCUUCAUGGGCGCAGAGCAGAAUCCCUCCGUGCUUUAGACUUUAUGAGUUGCUAUGACUGGGGGGAAAACCUACCACCAGGUGGCUGGUCUGGUGGUGAGCCACUUCAGACGGUGGCGCUGGUCCGCAGACUCACAGAAUGAGAGACUCGGAGAGUUGGAAGGCACCUGAGCGGACGUGCACGUAUAUGCUGUCUGGGGGUUUGUGCUGAAACCCUUCCUCAGCUCGGACCCAACAGCGUUUAUGCUUCUCUGGCUGAACCUCCAGGAAUUCAGGAUCUCCCUGUGACUGACAUAAAAAAUGAGCUAGCCGUACCCCAGGAUGCCCUUAGAACUGGAAGGGAAUUUUUAAAAAACCUAAUCCAACUCCCUCUCCCUCUUUUUUACAGAUAAGAAACUGAGUCCCAAAGGAAUGAAAUCCAAGGUCAAGUGGCAGAGAGUUACUAUUCAAACCCAAGAUCUCUGACUUCAGAUCUACCUUUCUACCGCACUACAUUGUCCAAUAGAACAAAUCCUCCUGUGCUGCCUCAGCCUGGAAUAGAGGACAGAGUUUCUGGCAUUUCUUGAAACGUGAUGCCCAAGGCUACCUGCAAGCCCUUCAGCCACCCAGUCAGGGGAACCCCACAAAUCCUACUCCAAUACCCUUCCCUUCCACAG